UGAAGUCUCAGGUCCUUUUAUUUACUGUGGAAUGGAUUGUUUCGGACCAUUCACCACCAAGCAAGGCCGCAAAGAGCAAAAGAGGUAUGGACUCCUUCUUACCUGCCUCUCUUCACGUGCAGUCCACAUUGAAAUGUUAGAGAAUCUGUCUACGGACUCUUUCAUUAAUGCCCUAAGAUGUUUUAUCAGCUUAAGAGGGGCUGUCUGUAAGCUGUACUGUGAUCAAGGUACAAAUUUCAUUGGGGCCAAAAAUGAACUAAAGGAGGCUCUCAGAGAAUGUGACAAAAAUAUUCUGGAGGCAUUCCUGGCAGAUAAGCAGUGUGAGUUCAUAUUCAAUGCACCAUCUGCUAGCCAUGCCGGAGGUUCAUGGGAACGACAGAUUCGAACCAUCCGUAAUGUUCUCAAUGCCACUAUUGCGCAAUCACAAGGCAGGCUGGACGAUGCUUCUCUAAGAACAUUAUUUUAUGAAGCAAUGUCUAUAAUCAAUGGCCGACCACUAAGCGUUGAUGGAAUCAAUGACCCUAAGUCACCUGAACCAAUAACUCCAAACCACCUCAUAUUAAUGAAGUCAAAGGUUGCACUACCUCCCCCUGGAAAGUUUUUGAAGGAGGACUUGUACGCAAGGAAAAGGUGGCGCAGGGUGCAAUAUCUAACUGAACAGUUUUGGAGUAGGUGGAAAAUGGAAUACCUUCUGAACAUAUCUACAAGACAAAAAUGGCACCUGCCUCGUCGAAAUCUUGAGGUCAAUGACAUCGUCAUUAUAAAGGAAGACAUGCUUCCCAGAAAUCAAUGGCAACUGGGUCGAGUUGUGGAAGCACCACAGGAAGAUGAUGGUUUGGUGCGCAGAGUCAAGCUUCAAGUUGGUGAUCGAAAUCCAACAAAGAAGCAGGGUACAACACACAAACCUCACCUAAUUGAGCGACCUGUUCAAAAGCUUGUAGUUCUUUUAGAAAGUCACUAAUUGAUGUUUAUUACGCUCACAUCAGACAUUACAAUACUGAAGGUUCAUGCGUGAUGUUAACUGUCCUUUGUUUGUUCGUUACUUCUUUAACGUACAUUUGUCAUGCUGAAAAUCAUGCAUGAGUCAUUGUUAACAUAUUUUGUCAUACAUGAUUUGGUGGGAGUGUAAAUGUCCGUUCUGUGGUGAAAAGUUGAAUCUAUGUUGUUACCAUUUAUGUACAAUAGAGGGUGCUGCAGCCUAGUUGACAAUGAGCUGUGCCUUCACUAAAAAACCGAAAAACAAGAGUUAGGGAGGUUUUUGGCGCUUUUCCUGUGUUCGGGGUUGGAAUAUCCUGCAGAUGAGAGGAAGAGGAAGAUGCUCUUCAUCUUUGUGAAUCGGAACUGGUAGCGCACAUUUGUCAGAAAGCAGCUCAAGGAGGACUCGUAGCAGCACAGCAGGAACUUUAGCUUGAUCGCCUUGCAGCCCUUGGACAGCGGAGCGAGUUUUCACGGUGUAUUUGGUGCACUCCAGCAAUAUUUGGGUUUGACUGAAGUAAAUGUGAAUCCACUGCACCCGUCGAAGCUCUCCGUGUUUUCUUGG